AUGUUAUCCUGUUUUAUCGACUUAACGAAGAAUCAUCAUCAUCAUCCUAACACGAGGUUGAAAAUUCUUAAAAUUUCACGUAUACUUUUUGACGAUUUAUUUUGUUUUCUAAUUUUAAAUACAUUAGAAAUUCUCGAUAUAUUAUAUAAGUGAAUACAUUUAAAUGAACUUGUGAUGUAAAAUUCAAAAAAGUGCUUUUCAACAAUAUAUAUACACCUAUAUAAUCACACUGACACUGAGUUUGAAAAACUAACCUCUAUAUAUUACUUAUUAUAUCGAUACGACAAUUUGUGCGAAAUGUCAGCUUGGAGUUUCGACAAAAACAGUACGUUAUCGUCUUCUUUUGUGUGACAACAUUUAAAAUUCAAGAUAAAUAAUUAAUUAUUUAGAUUUAAUAAAUGAACGCAACCACUAGGUUUUUGAAUAAAUCAAAUGUAUUUUGUCGAAACAUUCAUAGCGCAUUACUUCAUCAGGAGCUAAAGAUUGUACACAUGACGGAGGUGCCAUUAAAACAUAUUUUCAUCAAAAAUUUGCGGAAGAGUGCAUCCGUCCCAGAGGCGUUGUACUCGACCUAUGCCAAUAUAGUUGAUUCUAUUGCAAGUCCAGGAACUCAUCAAGAGUUCAAUAGAACAUUAAUGGAACCAUAUUUGGAUUUGUGUUACAUACCAAAAGAAGUUCCACCAUCGUCGACCUAUGAUUUUGCUUAUGAGAGUUGUUCAAGCGUUGAAACAUCAAAUGAAAGCAUUACUUCAAUGUUUUCGCAAAAAAUGGAUUUCACCAGAUCCGCUGAGCAAGAUGGAUCAUUUGAUAAUAAACGUCCAAAAGAUUUGCAGAGGUAUAAAAAUAUGCGUAAAUGGAAGAGAUUUGGCAAAUUGAAACAAACUGUGGAUGCCAAUGAAGCUUUUGUAUUGAAACUAAUGUCCUUUAAUAUUCUCGCACAAAGCCUCCUGGAGCUUCAUCCAUAUUUAUAUAAAUAUCACGAUACAGCAGCAUUACCAUGGAGAGUGAGAAAACCAUUAAUAACCGAAGAAAUUCUUCAAUCAGAAGCUAAUGUGAUAUGUCUACAAGAGAUGCAGGAGGAUCACUUGGAGGACUUCCUUAUUCCAUUUAAGGAGCAGGGUUACGAUUAUUUUUACAAAAAACGCACAAAUGACAAAGAUGAUGGAUUACUAUUAAUGUAUCGUAAAGAACAUUUAACAAUUGUUGACUAUACAAAAGUGGAAAUGUUUCAAUCGGGAGUUGAACUACUAAAUAGAGACAAUGUUGGUAUUAUCGUGAAAUUUGCCCUUAAGGACAGUCCAGAAACGCAAUUUGUCAUUGCCACGACACAUUUAUUAUACAAUCCUAGAAGAAAUGACGUUCGUCUUGGUCAAGUGCAAAUUCUCUUAACUGAGAUUGAAAGAAUCGCCUUCAUCGAAAAUACUAUGACAGGUCCAAAAUAUCUACCGAUUAUUCUUUGUGGUGACUUUAAUCUGGAGCCACAUACUGGAGUGUACAAAUUCAUAACACAGGGUUUAUUCACGUACCAGAAUAAAGGGAGAAAUUUGGAAUCGCAGGACUAUCGAUAUCUAUCGAAUAUGCUGUUACCACCACAUCUACACAUUACCGAUGAUUGUCAACAUUUUAAUGUUCUUCUUGAGAGGUUACGAGGUGGAGGAAGAGGUCAAGUGAUGUUGGAGAAUAGGGAGAAUGACAAAAAUGGUCAUAGAAGUGAAGAGACUGUUUCAGAAGAUGUUAGUGUAAACACAAACACAAAUCAGUAUCAAAAAAUAGAAAUAGAUGAAAAAAGUCAUGUGAAAUUUUCCUCCGGCACACUAACACAUCCAUUUAAAUUUCGUAGCGUUUAUAAACAUAAAAAUCGACAUGGACAUCCAGAAGCUACGACAUAUCAAAAUAAUUGGAUAACUGUCGAUUAUAUAUUUUUUUCAGACAUUGAACCAUUAGGAAUAUUAACUUUACCUACUGUCGAUCAAUGUAAUGAUUUGCCAACAAUACCAAAUUUUGCUGUCGGAAGUGAUCAUUUAUGUCUUGGGGCUAGUUUUAAAGUACUAAAAAGAAAACGGUCAAAUUUAUAAACAAAAAAGAAAAAAAAAUUGCUUAACUUCUUUGACAGAAGCUUAUGCUUGUUCUAUUUAUGUAUAUACAUACAAAAGUCCAUUAUAUUUUUCGAUAAAAUAAAAUAAAAAAAAAAAACAGACAAACAAA